AUGGUUACCACAAAAAAUGACGUCAAAGAUCUAGAAGUUGAGGUUGAUUGGGAGCUAGAAAAUGAAGCAAUAUUUACCGCGACGAAUCCUGAGGACGACCUAGAUGAGGUUGAAGAUCUCGAAAAGCGUCGAGCCUUGAUACUGGUCCAGUCCACAAUCCAAUGCAUGGUUACAACCAGCGAUACACCACUCAGCUCCAACAUCACAGGAUCCAAACCUCAAACGACAGUUUCCAUUGGUACUCCCUUGACACGUGUACCCGAAGGAAGAAAGAAAGCCACAAGUUCCAUCAGGUGA